AUGGCGGCGCGGGGGUCCCGGCGCGCGGCCCUCCACCUCCUGCUGCUCGUCCCGCUGGUCGCGGGGCGCUGGGGUCCGGCCGGCGCGGGGGUCGGCGCGCCCGGAGGGCUAGCAGAACCAUUCUUUGUUGCCAAGCAUGAAGAUAGGUUGUUUAAGGAUUUAUUUCGAGACUAUGAGAGGUGGGUUCGUCCUGUGGAGCACCUGAAUGACAAAGUAAACAUCAAGUUUGGCCUUGCGAUAUCUCAGCUGGUGGACGUGGAUGAGAAAAAUCAGUUAAUGACAACGAACGUCUGGUUGAAACAGGAAUGGAGAGACGUGAAACUCAGAUGGAGCCCCGAGGACUACGGCGGGAUAAGGGUCAUACGUGUCCCUUCGGACUCUCUCUGGACCCCAGACAUCGUUUUGUUUGAUAACGCAGACGGGCGUUUCGAAGGGGCCAGCACGAAGACCGUGGUCCGGUACGACGGCACCGUCACGUGGACGCCACCCGCGAACUACAAAAGUUCCUGCACCAUCGAUGUCACGUUUUUCCCCUUUGACCUUCAGAACUGUUCCAUGAAAUUUGGUUCCUGGACCUACGACGGAUCACAGGUCGACAUAACCCUCGAGGACCAAGAUGUGGACAAGAGAGAUUUCUUCGAUAACGGGGAGUGGGAAAUUGUGAGUGCGGCUGGACGCAGAGGAAACAGGACUGACAGCUGCUGCUGGUACCCUUGCGUCACCUACUCCUUCGUGAUUAAGCGUCUGCCUCUCUUCUACACCCUGUUCCUCAUCGUCCCCUGUAUCGGGCUCUCGUUUCUGACCGUUCUCGUCUUCUACCUGCCGUCACACGAAGGAGAGAAGAUUUCUCUCUGCACCUCCGUGCUCGUGUCCUUGACGGUGUUCCUGCUGGUCAUCGAGGAGAUCAUACCCUCGUCCUCCAAGGUGAUUCCUCUGAUUGGGGAGUACCUGGUGUUCACCAUGAUCUUCGUGACACUGUCCAUCAUGGUGACCGUCUUCGCCAUCAACGUCCAUCACCGUUCUCCCUCGACACACGACGCCAUGGCUCCGUGGGUCCGCACGCUGUUCCUGCACAAGCUCCCCAGGCUGCUGUGCCUGCGCGACCACGCGGAUGGAGCCCUGCCCCCAAAGGGGGCCGCCCAGGGCAGCGCGGGGCCCGAGUCCAGGAACACCCUGGAGGCUGCGCUCGACUCUAUCCGGUACAUCACGAGGCACGUCGCGAAGGAGAACGACGUCCGUGAGGUUGUUGAAGACUGGAAGUUCAUAGCCCAGGUUCUUGACCGGCUGUUUCUUUGGACUUUCCUUCUGGUUUCUGUUGUUGGUUCUCUGGGGCUGUUUGUUCCUGUUAUUUAUAAAUGGGCAGAUAUCAUAGUUCCUGUUCAAAUCGGAAACACAGAUAAGUGA